AUGCCUCGCUCUAUGGCCCCUCCUCCUUCCGGCGAGUUCCUCGUCAGACUCCAGAAGCCUUUCUCUGGCACUCCCACCCACACCAUCGAUAUCACUGGCGAGCCCAACCGCUCUGCCAACAUCAAGCAGACCUUCCACCACGGCACCACUAUUGAGGAGAAGGUUGGCACCAUGUCCUCUGACGACGUGCAAGAACUCCUCCGCCUCGUUUCUCAGCUCCGCGGUUUCCCCUCUCACGAGACCAAGGAUGUCUUCGGCCUCGACCAGGUCCUUGAGCUCCACACUCUCGAGAUCAACUGGUGCAACCAGGAGGCCGACCCUGCCGCCAACGAGGUCUCAGACCUCUCCGCCGAGUCGAAGCAGACCUUCAAGGAUGUCGUCGACAGCAUCUCUGCUGCCGCUCGCCAGUUUGCCAAGGCCGACAACCCUCUUUAA